GAGUGGGCAGACCCCACACCAACUCGAGGCGGGGAGCCGAGGACGCCACGCCUCACACGGCGACGGGGACGGCCGCACCACCAUCCCCCAUCCAUCCGUUCCCCUCCCCGCCGCCGCCUCCCAUGGCGGACUUCGGCGACGAGCUCUUCCUCGACGUCGGCGACGACGGGUUCGGCGACCUUUCCUACGUCACCUUCUCCCAGUCCAUCGAGGAGGAUCUCGCCUGCCCACGCAGCCUCCUCUCCCCGGGCUUCGACCUGGGAACCCUAAGCCCCACCCCGGGCUCCCCCUUCUCCUUCGACUCCGACCCCGACCUCCGCGCCCUCUCCCCCACGCGGCUCCGCUCCCCGCCCUUCUGGGACUGCCUCGAGGACGAGCUCGCCGACCACGGCUUCGAGUGGGAGGAGAUCGCCGACGCUGCCCCGGGCGUCGGCGGCAGGGCUGCAGCCGCCGAUGCUGGUGGUGGUGGAGGCGGAGGGCGGGGACUAGGACCCGAUGUCGACGCCGACGUGUUCGGGUUCCUCGACGAGCGGGAGUUGCUGGGCGCGAUGCAGGGGAUCGACAGCGGGGACGGCGACUCGAUCUUCUCCCACGAGCCGCCGUUCGACUUCGGCGACGGCGACGCGGAGCUCGACGGCAUCUUCCGGAGCGGCGUUGGCUGGGAGCUGCUCCCGGUGCCGCUGGACGAGGACGACUUCGAGGUGCUGCCGGGGCACCUCGCGGAUGCGGCGGCGGGUGGGGCCCCGCCGGCGGCGCGCGCGGCGGUGGAGCGGCUCCAGGUGGUAGCCGUCCGGGGGGAGGAGGCCGCGCAGGGGUGCGCCGUGUGCAAGGACGGGAUGGCGCAGGGGGAGCUCGCCACGCGGCUGCCCUGCGGGCAUUUCUACCACGGGGCUUGCAUUGGGCCGUGGCUCGCCAUACGGAACUCGUGCCCGGUGUGCCGGUACGAGCUGCCCACUGACGACCCUGAGUAUGAGCGGCGAAGGGCGAGGCGCCGUUCCACCGGUGGCUCGACGGCGCAGUUGGGUGCCCCGAUGCAAAUUUGAACUAGGGCGACUUGGUGGUAUGUGUUGGAUGCAAUUCCAUUAUUUCACUGAAGUGAGAAACCUCACUAAUUGGGUGCAUGCCAGUAGAACAGUACUUCUAUGGUCUUCAAUUUUUUUUCAGGAUUUAGUUGUUGUGCUUGGGAGUUGGUAAGAACAAUUGUUGUAACAUUUGUACAUAUGUCUUGUUGCUUCAAUAAUAUAGCAAACUCUUUCUCAUUGUUGUUUCGGAGAAUUGUUAGUACUAGUAGAUUGGAUGCAAUUCCAUUAAUUCACAGAAGUGAGAAAUCUCA